UACUAAUGCAGCACCGUUUUUAGGUUACGACAGAGAUUUUAACGUCAAUAUGGACCCAAAGCUGGAGAAAACUGAGACCCGCGAAGACCAUGACUUGCACCGGAUCAUUAGAGACCGUGAGGAUCGAAUCCAGCAAACAGUGGAAAAGGAACGACAGGCGUCAUUGUCUGAAGCCGUGAAUCUAUACCCCAAAGCGAUCGCCUGGUCUAUCUUAUUGUCCACGGCGGUUGUGAUGGAAGGUUACGACUUACUUCUUGUUACGUCCUUUUUUGCCUUCCCUCUAUGGACCAAACGCUAUGGGCAACUUCAACCUAACGGCAAAUAUGAGCUGUCCGCGGCCUGGCAGACAGGGCUUUACAACGGCGCAGCUGUUGGGGAAAUCGUCGGACUCUUUCUCAAUGGCUUGCUAGUCGAACGCGUUGGAUAUAGGAAAACGAUGCUUGGGGCUCUCGGGGCAAUCGCGGGAUUUAUAUUCAUCCCGUUCUUCGCACCCUCGGUCCAGGUUCUGCAAGUGGGUUGUAUCUUGAUGGGCAUUCCUUGGGGGAUCUUCCAGACUCUGCCAGCCACAUACGCUUCGGAAGUAUGUCCAGUCGCCUUGCGUGGAUAUUUGACGACGUAUAUCAAUCUGUGCUGGGUCAUUGGCCAGCUGAUCGCCUCCGGUCUUCUGAGGGCCAUGCUACGGCGCUCUGACCAGUGGGCGUAUCGUAUUCCAUACGCUCUCCAGUGGAUGUGGCCAGUGCCUUUGAUCGUUGGCGUGGCUCUGGCGCCCGAGUCACCGUGGUGGUUUGUUCGGAAUGGCAAGCAAGAGGCAGCAAAGGCAGCGCUUCGGCGCCUCGCAGUGCCUACUGCAGAUCCUUCCUUCAGUAUCGAGGACACGGUGGAGGUAAUGACGUACACAAACCAAAUCGAACAGGAAGCCACCAAAGGGACAUCUAUCUGGGACUGUUUCAAAGGGCGCAACCUGCGUCGUACCGAGAUCUGCUGUCUCACCUGGGCUGCACAACAGCUGUGUGGAAGCUCGUUCAUGAACAAUUCUACGUACUUCUUCAUUCAGGCUGGAUUGGAUGAGUCCAACUCCUUUACGCUCUCCAUUGGCGAGUACGCUAUUGGAUUUGUCGGCGUGCUCGGAUCCUGGUUCCUUAUGGCACAUGUAGGUCAUCGCCAGCUCUAUCUACUUGGACUGGCGGUCCUUGAAUUGCUGCUACUGGGGAUCGGGUUCGCAUCCCUUGCGCCAACAGGAGACAGUGGGGCCCAAUGGGCAGCAGGAAGCUUGCUCCUGGUGUUUUCGCUCUGCUACCAACUUACGGUGGGCACGGUCUGCUAUUCGAUUGUGUCCGAAGUGUCUUCAGUACGGCUCCGCGCGAAGACCGUCAGUUUAGGGAGAAAUAUCUACAAUGUGGGCAGUAUCUUUAGUGGGGUCAUCGGUCCAUAUAUGCUGAAUCCUACUGCGUGGAACUGGAAAGGCAAAGCUGGUUUUUUCUGGGCGGGAAUCAAUUUCAUCUUCUUAACCUGGAGCUUUUUCCGAUUGCCCGAGACCAAGGGGCGUACGUAUGCGGAGCUGGACAUACUUUUUGAGAAAGGCGUCAGUGCCCAACAGUUCGCAAGCACCCCUGUUAAUCUGUUUUCGCAUUCUGAGGACUUGAUAGGAGGGACGAAAGAACGGGAUCACUAAGAAAGAUGGCACUGUCCCGAAUUGCUAUACUUGGCUUUCUAAGCUAAGCUAUCAACUUUCACUCCAAUUGCUGUAUGC